AUGCCGCCGGCACGACCAAAAAUAAUCCCUAGUCUGCAAGAGAUGCUAGACACCAGAGUGGAUAUACCGACUAUAGAAAACUAUGGCUAUCCACUUCCAGACAGAGCAGGAGUAGACAUGGACAAUAUCAAAAGUAUUUUGCGAAAGGUUAGAUUGGAUAUACGACUUGGUGGGAAAUGUAGAAAUAGAGAUCCAAUUGAGUCUGUACAAGCUAGAAACGGAAUAGAUGCAUUUUCGUCGCAUAUGCAACGAAUGCGGUUGAUAGCACAAAUGCUGCAAGACUUUGUCACACAAGAUUGUGGGCGAUGGAUCAAGACUAGUGGCAUUUGCUCUACAGAAACAGACAAAGAGCUUGUGGCUAUUCUUCGAACACAGACAAAGGACGCAUAUCUGAAAGCGAGGAUGAAUACGGAACAGACGGAGAACGUGGAGACUAGAGGUUUUGACUGUGGGGCAUCCCCAUCAUUUGGACACAGUCCUGAAACUUCUAACUUGACCAGUAACUGUCAACAAAGUGUUGUUUUUGAUCAGCAGUCGACAAAUUCCCCCGUAUCUACAAAUGGCGAGCGAGACCAAGAGACCUUAUCACAUUUGCCACGUGAAAGCGGUGGGAAAGAAAGCACCACUAGGCAACCGGCAGAGUCAGAGUUGUUGCCAAAUGAAUUGCAGUCAGCACCGCAAGCUUGUGAUGAAGACUGGCCGAAAAGAGAUGAUGCUACAGCUAGCCAAAUUGACGCAUCACAGCAAUUUUCCUCACAACACGACAAACAGCAGCUGACUCAGAAUCAAAUUGAUUCGAAAAUGAAUGAGCAAGUAGUUUCGCAAACGGACCCACAGCUGAAUUCACAAAUGGGGCAUCGAACGUUGUCUCAAACGGCUUCGCAAAUGAACCAACCGCCAAUAAUGAUGGAGCAAAUGAUGCAGCAAAUGAUGCAGCAAAUGAUGCAGCAAGUGGCUCCGCAACUGAUGCAACAAAUGAUGCAGCAAGUGGCUCCGCAACUGAUGCAACAAAUGAUGCAAAUGAUGGAGCAAGUGGCUCAGCAACAGCAAACACAGCAGUCAAUGAUUUCUCCGGUGAUGCAGCAAACGGCUCAGCAACAGCAGCCACAGCAACAAAAGCGACAGAAUUCUCAAAUGACUUCACAAAUGAAUCAACCAAUAUAUUCGCCGGUAAUGCAGCAAAUGACUCAUCAACAGCCUCCACAGCAGCAACAGCUACAGAGUCUUUCUCAAACGACUUCGCAAAUGAAUCAGCCAAUCAGUUCCCCGGUGAUGCAGCAAAUGGCACAGCAACAGCAGCUACAGCAGCAGCUACAGCAGCAGCAGCAGCAGCAGCAGCAGCAGCAGCAGCAGCAGCACCAGCACCAGCAGCAGCAGCAGCACCAGCACCAGCAGCAGCAGCACCAGCACCAGCAGCAGCUAAGAAAAGAAAGCGUUUACUCUGCAAGUUCUUCGAAAGAACAAGCCAAUGAAGCAACAACAACAACAACACCGUCGAUGCACUCCCAACAUCUACUAAGUGCAAGCUCUAGAACAUGUAAUGCUUCAAGUGUCUCAAUGGGUGACGACGAUUUUUCUAAGGAUGUGAAAGAUAACGAACGUGGAGCUCUGAAGUCUGAAAACCGUCUAUUUCCAACAUUAGCAAGUAACACUGACCAUAUAGACAGAAAACAUGAACUCACCAAGACUGAGGAAGCUCAAGAGGCAUCUCAUCAACGUAAUCAAGAAAAACGGGACAGCAAACAGCAAAGCGAUAUGGCACUCAAUGAUGAGAUUUCCAAGCAAGGUGCGGCUCUUCGCCCUGUUGAAUCAUCGCUUGUUCACGUUGGUCAAAACACAUCCAGCAAGUGCACUUGGCUUGAAGACUCGGGCGCCAUUCACGUCCAAGAGGCUAUGAAUAUGGUUGCAUACGGAGGUCAUGCGCACGUCGUGCGAUUGUGUCACAACUAUGACAAGGUCAGCCUCGACGAAGAUAUGGGAUGGGCUGCAGGUGGUCACGAAGAAGUCGUCCGUUUAUGUCGAGAAUUGGGAGCGACCCAUCUCGACUCGGCUAUGCUAUGGGCUGCAAGUUGCGGUCAAGAGAACAUUAUGCGUCUGUGUCGUGAUUGGGGUGUCACCAAUUUUGAUCAAUCCAUGGCCUGGGCAGCAGACAGUGGCCAUGAAAAUAUAGUGCAACUAUGUCACUAA